AUGCCCCAGCGAAAGGGACUCGUUGCACCUCAAAACACUUUUUUGGAUACUAUUGCUUCUCGAUUCGACGGCACUCAUAGCAACUUCGUACUGGGGAACGCACAAGUACGACACCAUCCAAUCGUCUACUGUUCCGACGGAUUCGUUGAACUAACCGGGUUCAGUCGCUCGCAGAUUAUGUCACGCUGUUGCUCAUGCAGCUUUCUUUGGGGUGAAAAGACCAUAGAAGAGGCCAAAGAGUCGAUUACAUCAGCGUUGCAAAAAAAAGUCGAACUGCAACUUCAAGUCUAUUUCCACAAGCGAUCGGGAGAGAAUUUUAAGUGUUUACUGGACAUCGUACCGAUCAAAAAUGACAAGAGUCAAGUGGUCCUUUUUCUGGUUUCUCACAAAGAUAUCACUACGGAAGAAAAGAUGGUUGAUCCCCAAAAUGACCUCAAUGAGGAUAAGGAACACAAAUUGACCCACCGACAACCUGUGCAACUUGUUAAUCACAUAAAAGCUGAGAAAGGAAGUUUUCUAUCGGCGGGUCUGGCAACUACGAUUACCGCCGCGGCCCUAGGCACUGCUUCCUUCCGAACGAAUAAAUUAUUGGACCAUAUUCACGCAAGAAGAUCUCAGCUACCAAGGCUUGUUUCACCAGUUGAGUUAACUAAUCCCAGUCAAAGGACAGGUGGUGAUCUCUUAAAAGGGAGAAUUACCAGUGAGAAUAGCUGUCACAAAGUCUUCAUGAAUACGGCAUUGCAAUCACCAACACUUCCCAGUAUGAGUCAACACAGGCCAUCGAACCCCAAAUCAAUCAAUGUUGAAGGAGGUGUGCAAAGGAUGGAGGAACCACCGGUGGUUCAUGGAACGCCAUACCCACAUGAGCUGCAGCCGGAUAGGGAUAAUCGGUUGUUGGAGCAAGACAGCGACAUUUCUAGUGACGGAUCUAGUGAUGAACCCUCAACAGUGUAUAAAUACGAACGACGUCGAAGUAGGGCAGUCCUAUUUCAUUUGUCCGGAAGGUUUGACCAGAAUGCCAAAAGCAAAACGAAUCUGAAAAAGUUUCAAACAAUUCCAGACUACAAAGUUCAGGACGUGCAUACAUCGAGAUUCAUUCUACUGCACUAUAGUAUUUUCAGGAUUGUGUGGGAUUGGAUGAUCUUAAUUUGCACCUUUUAUAUCGCCAUCAUGGUACCUUACAACGCUGUAUUUUCUUUGGACACUGAUGGAAAAGAUCUGCUUAUCUGUGAUAUCAUCGUCGAACUUCUGUUCAUCAUUGAUAUUGCCUUGAAUUUUGCGACUACUUUUGUCAGCAAAAGUGGUCAAGUUGUACAUGAGACGAAGAUGAUCGCCAUCCAUUACAUCAAAGGCUGGUUCUUUUUGGAUCUGAUAGCCGCCAUCCCAUUUGACGCCAUUUUGGCCAUCCACAGCCAAAGAGAAAGUACCGGAAUAAUCAGUGGAGUGGGAAGUUGGAUUCACUUGCUCAAACUUGCUCGUCUACUUCGACUGGCUCGUCUAUUCCAAAAAAUUGAACGAUAUUCCCAACACAGCACCGUCAUUCUGGGCCUGCUGAUGUGCAUGUUUUUCCUUAUCGCUCACUGGUUCGCUUGUGGCUGGUAUUGGAUCGGCCGAUCAGAACUUAGUCGUGAGGACACACAGGAAUACAGUUGGUUGGUCGAACUGGGCAAGCGUAUGCGGAUGAGCACACUGUUAAAUCAAAGUGACGGCCUCACGCAACGUGCCAUCUACGUUUCCAGUUUGUACUUCGCUACCACCAGCCUGACAUCGGUGGGAUUCGGGAACGUUUCGCCAAACACUGUGAAUGAAAAGGUCUUCUCCAUAAUAGCAAUGCUCAUUGGAGCUCUGAUGCAUGCUGCUGUCUUUGGGAACGUCACCACGUUAAUUCAACGUAUGUACGCUCGACGAUCAGCGUAUCAAACUCGAAAUCAAGAUUUGAAAGAUUUUACGAGGGCACAUCACAUUCCAAAACAACUGAAACAACGUAUGUUGGAAUUUUUCCAGGCAAUGUGGGCAAUUAACCGUGGAAUCGAUAAGGAAGCAAUCUUACAGUCAUUUCCGGAGAAUGUGCGUGGCGAUAUUGCUCUGCAUUUGAACAGAGAAAUGCUUUCGUUACCUCUGUUCAGAACAGCCAGUCCUGGAUGUCUCAAGUGUCUUGCUCAAAUGAUUGACACACGCUUUGCCACCCCAGGCGAAAUAUUAAUCAAUCAGGGAGACAUACUACAUUUGAUAUUUUUCGUUUGCAGUGGAUCAUUAGAAAUUCUGGACUCAGAAGGCUCUGUGGUCGGUCUUUUAGGUAAAUGUGACAUUUUUGGAAGUGAUAUUGAUUUUUGGCCAACUCUGGGUUUUUCCGCCUACGAUGUGAAAUCACUCACCUACUGCGAAUUGCAAUGUAUUACACUCGAUGCAUCGAUGCAAAAUAUAAUGAGGCAAUACCCGCAAUUCCAGGUUGCCUUCAGGAAUGCUCUUCACAAUGAACUGUCUUUCAACUUACGAGAAGGAUUUGAAGCAUCGGUUUCCAGUGAAAUCCUUCCUGCUAUUACUUUGAAACAAACCGCCGAUGAUUCGUCCGAAAUACAGAAUCCUACAGAUUCAAUACAUUCAAGCAUCGCAGCAAAUGAGCGCGGGGAGACCUGCUCUGAACACUCGCCAUCUUUGGAGAUGUCGAGGAGUAUUUGUGAUAAAGCACAUCAACCAGUUAUCCAAGAGCAAAUGAAAGAACAUCUUUCCCCUUACAAAACUUCGAAUGGAGGUACUAAUCUCCAGAUGAGCGCUUCUGGAAAUGAUCUAAAAGGCCGAACUGUUCUGAACUGCUCAACCUUCAAUUUUGUGGAUCAUGCAAGCGAUAGAAUGCAAAAUGCAGUACCUUCGAUUGAUGGUGUCAUGUCAGACCCACAUAACCUGAAGACCACACCGACUGUUAAUGAGGCAUUUCGUUUGACAAGUACAUUAAGGAGCAACCAUUCUCCGAGACAUUCCGAUACCAGUAUUCUAUCCGCUUCCUGUCCGUCUCUUAGCAAAACAGCGAGAAAUGCUCAACCAAUUAAAAUGGACUAUACCUUUCCGGAUUUGACCAACGGAUGCAGCGAUGCGAAACAUGGUUUUUCAAAUGAAAUGCAAAUGCAAAUAUUGGGAAAUGUUCGGGAUAGCGAACUAGUCAACUUUUUGCCUCGGAUGGACGAAUGUGUCUGUGACGCGCAAGCACUGUUCUCAAAAUUACAAAAAGAUCUAACAGCGUUGCAAAAUGGACUGGGUUUCCUCUCAAGACAGCUCAUGGCCCUGCAAAGUGGACCAAAUUCAAGUGAACCAAUAGAUGAGCCUGCAGGUAUAAUGAGUCAAACCUCAUCAACCUCAUCACUGCCGAGGACCUCGGUUGUGAGCGAUAACCGACGCAAUCAUCAGGCACAUUCGUUUCCACAGCAGACAGACAGACACGGAGCACCGAGCGAAGAAGAUAGGCUUAUGGCCCAAUUCCGCAUUCCAAACCGACGACUCAUGUUGAAAAGACAAGUACAUGGCAGUAAGGCGGAGCCGAGUGUUAUAAUUGAUAAAAACAUGAAUACACUCUCAGAAGAGAUCACCUUUUCAAGAUCAAAUGUGAAAAAGGUGGCAUUUAUGUCACGUCCUGUAUCGUUUUCAGAAAAUGUAUAA